UUUUGUGGUAAGCGACUAAAGAUGGCGGCAAAUUACGAUUUGGUUUUGCUGCACGGUCCCAAAUACUGUGGCAGAAACAUUCUUUGUCACAAGUUAUCAUCUCCGAAUCAUGAAAGGGUUUGCCCACAGGACUAUUUCAGAGACAAUACAGUUGGACUUCGUGAUGUCAUUCUUCAAGUCGUUAACUUAUUGAAAAAGAACAAGAAAGUUGUGGUGGAUGAUGAGAAUGCUACAGGCGUAACAAGAGACUCGUACGUCAGGAUGGUCCAUAGAAAGAUAUCUGCAAAAACAAUUGCCUCAGUGAAAGUGCUACCAGCCAAUGGCAGGACACAACUGCUGUGGUCACGCGAGUAUCAUCUGGCAGAAAAUUCAUGUAUUUCAUCACAAGAAAUGUCUAUACAAGACGGGGAAAUAAACAAAUGGUUUUCAGAGGAGAGCACAGAUCACAUCAAUUACUGCAGCAGUUCUGUUUCUGAUCCUUGUAAUGAUGAAGGUAUACAGGUAUUUGAGAGAACGAUACCAUUGACUGUCAUGUCCAAGUUUAAGUUUGAGGUACCCACACUCUGCUUGCAAUGGGAAGGAAUAAUAGGUGGCACUACUGAUGAUCCUCAUCUUCUCCCGGAGGUGGUGUCUAUCUGUCAAUACUGGUCAGAUGUAAACCCUGGCGGACAGAUAUUUGUUAUCUGUGACAACACUGUCAGUAUAUCAGGUACACCUGGACAGCAACAACAGGAAAAUACUAAACGGAAACAUAUAAUGCAGAGUCUUGUCAAAGAGUUUUGUGGCUGUCCGGUGUACAUGUUUUGUAUGGAGAGCCCCGUAGACUCUGGAGGAUUUACCAAGCCCCCUAACCCUGGGAUGCUGGCCUACCUCCAGCGAAGGCAUCACCUCAAUAUUCAUACAAAGGACAGUGUCUAUCUUUACCAGUCCCCGAUUCACAAGGUGAUGGCAGAGACUGCAGGGAUGCCUCAUCUCAAGAUGUCAAGGGCAGUGCAUCAGCCAUCUUUAGUUGCUUCGAGCCAUGUCUUCAGCAUUCCGAACAUCCCACCAUUUCUAAAAGAUAUGGACCUAUUACCUUCAGAGGAUGUGGAACAAAAACCACCAGAAAUUCCUGGAAUCAAUGAAAUAUCUUCAUUUCGAGACAAUGAAAUCAGCAUGCAUCUGGGCUAUGGUCGAAGAGAAUUCCUGUUUGCUAAAGAUGCAGAUACCAUAACAAAAUUCAACAACACAUAUUCAGAGAUGGCCUCUUUGUCCACUGAUCCUGUAAGCAAAUUCUCCAAGUCAGAUUCAACAAAAGAGCAAGAAGGUGAGGUUAAUAGUCAGAAAACACCUGCAAAGAAACCCCGCCUGUCUAGGUCAUUGUCAACGGACAGAGAACUGCCUCACUGGAUGAUGUCGGACCAAAAAAAUAAACGGACCUCUCAAUCCAAGUCCCCCAAACCCUCUACCAGUAGAACAGACAGCACAGAGUCGUCCAAUAGCAAGUACAAGAAGACGAUAUAUGUGAUGACUGAGACAGAGCUAGCAGAGGUGGCUGAGGACAUACUAAAACAGGCAGGCAGAGAAGAUCUUAUUCACAGCAUAAAAUUACAAAAACUCAGAGAGGAUACUAUAAAGAAACAUUCUGAUUCAACCACUGAAAAGCGGACAAAAGGAAAAUGUGCAAAAGUUAUACAGAGCUGUCUUAGUUCUGUUGAUAUUGAUAUGGAAGAGGAGGAGGAAUCAGAGACUUCUUUAGAUGAACCAGCAUCAAGGUGUGAUAUUGCACCAGUUGAUACCCCGGUGAAUAUGGAAGUGACCGAACCCACCUCCGACAUUGUCCCAGAAGAUGUAUUAUGUGGAGACAGCAAACGGACAUCAACAUCAAACACCUCUGUCCUUGAUGGCCUACUCAUAAGUGAAGAAGUCAGAAAAAGAAGUCCAAAGAAAUUGUUGAGGAGAAGUGAAGACACAUUUACUAAAGAUACCACACAUACUGGACAUGUUCAUGUUUGUGAGAGUAGUGAUUCGCAAAGCACAGACUUGUGUCAAAAGAAACAAAAUAAACAUUCAGCCAAACGACACGAUGCAUCUUCAAACAAAAACAAAUCUUUUAAGGAAAGUACACAUGGUCAUUAUACUGAAAUCUCUCAAAGAAAACUGCCUGAUUUAUCAAUACUGGAUGAAAUUUUUUCAUAAAGUCAUUUCAUGC